AUGGGUAAUCCACACCAGGCCACACUCUUUAGCGCCACACUCUCGCCAACACACGCGCUUACACCACGCGCCCACUCUUCAUCCGCCCAAAACACCACGCUUACAUCCCGCCCACUCUCCCCAACACCACGCUUACACCCCGCCCACUCUCGCCAACACCACACAUCCGCCACUCUCGCCCAACACCACGCUUACACGCCACUCUCGCCAACACCACGCUUACAUCCCGCCCACUCUCCCACACUUACACCACUCUCGCCAACACGCUUACAUCCCGCCCACUCUCCCAACACCACGCUUACACCCCGCCCACUCUCGCCAACACCACGCUUGCAUCCCGCCCACUCUCCCCAACACCACGCUUACACCCCGCCCACUCUCGCCAACACCACGCUUAUCACUCCCCCAACACCACGCUUACACCCCGCCCACUCUCGCCAACACCACGCUUACAUCCCGCCCACUCUCCCCAACACCAAGCCAACAUCCCCAACUCGCCCUAAAACCCACCCUUCCCGACCACUGCUUCACCAACAAUUUAUCCCGUCCACCAUCCCGGGCACCACGCCUCCACCCUAA